CUCUCUCCUCAGUGUUAUCCAGACUGGAAGUGAUGGCGGCCCCUCGGACUUUCUUCUUCUUCCUCUCUGUGAUAUUUUUAUUUUUAAACGCGUGUUGUGGCUCUGCGGCUCCGGGCAGCAGGAGGACAAACCAGGACAGAUGCAGCAACAAGGCGGUCCCGUCCGGUGCAGACGAAGGAGGUCGCAGGCCGUCCGUCACCUUCAGAGCUGACAAUUGUUCAUUAAACUACCCGUUGGGGAAACAUGCGAUCCACGAGGUCACCAACGUCUCCUUCAGCCACCUGGCCUGUGACAGCCAGGCCGCCGUGAUCGUCCACUGGUCUGCCAGUCCACUGGGGAUCGAGCACGUGAAAGGCUUCCGAGUGUAUUUAGAGGAUAAAAACCCGGAGGGGAAACAGUGUCAGCACCUCGUCCUCAAAGACCCGCGGCAGCUCACCUUCUCCUACCGAAACACGAAGCUGAGCAGCCAGCCGUUCCCCGGUUUGUCCUUCGACACCGACUACAUGGUGCGAGUCGUUCCCUUCCCGACCUUCAUGAACGACAGCUUCUUCCCUCCGUCCUUCCUCCGGACCAACUCUUGUGAGGUCCUGCUGGGUCCGGACAACCUGGUGUGUAAACCAUUCUGGAAGCCGAAGACGCUGAACGUGUCCCAGCUGGGCUCAAACCUCCACGUGGUGUUCGACCACGCCCCGCCCUCCUUCAGCUUCAGCCUCUACUACAUCUACUACAAACUGCGGCAGGACGGGCCGUUUAAACUGCAGCGCUGCAAGCCGGAGCUGAGCCAGCCCAGGACGACGUGCGUGCUGCAGGACGUCGCCCCGGGAACCUACAACAUCGAGCUGAGAGACGACACCAACACGACCAGGAGGCAGACUCAGUACCACGUCAGCCAGAUGCACUCGCCGUGGGCGGGGCCGAUCCGAGCCAUGGCCAUCACGGUGCCGCUGGUCAUCAUGUCGGCCUUCGCCACGCUCUUCACCGUCAUGUGUCGCAAGAAGCAGCAAGAAAACAUCUACAGCCAAUUGGACGAGGAGAGCAGCGAGUCGUCCAAUCACAGCGCAGCGUUGAGCACGGAGCGGCCGUGGCCCCGCCCCAAAGUCUUCCUGUGCUACUCGAGCAGAGACUGUCCCAAACACACCAGCGUCAUCCAGAGCUUCGCCUACUUCCUGCAAGACUUCUGCGGCUGCGAGGUGGUGUUGGACCUGUGGGAGCACCUGGAGAUGUGCAGGGAGGGUCAGAUGUCGUGGCUCAGCAGGCAGCUGGACGAGGCCAAUUACAUCAUCACCAUCUGCUCCAAGGGCCUACGUUACUACGUCGAGAAGAAGAGUCGCCGAGGGAAGACGCCAGUCAGUCGUCGUGGCAACAACACCAGUUCCCCCGCCGGCGGAGCGAGCGGCGACCUGUUUGUCGUGGCUGCGGCCAUGAUCGCCGAGAAGCUGCGAUUGGCUAAGCAGAGCGAGGGGGGCGGGGCCCAGGAGCUGAGUCGCUACAUGACGGUUUACUUUGACUACUCGACGGAGAACGACGUCCCCACCAUGUUGAGUCUGGCCUCCAGGUUCAAGUUGAUGGACCAGCUGCCGCAGCUCUUCAGUCGUCUGCACUCCGGCCCGUCCAGCCUGGCGGAGCGCGAGCCGCAGCCUCCCAACAUCUCCAGGAGGAACUACUUCAGGAGCAAGUCGGGACGCUCGCUGUACGUGGCCAUCUGCAACAUGCACCAGCACAUCAGCCAGAACCCAGACUGGUUUGAGAAGCAGCUCGCUCCUGUUGGAGACCCCUCCACCUCCACGGUGUCCUCCUCUUCCUCGUCACCUUCGUCUCCGGCCCUCCCCGUCCCAGGCAUUCCUCCGAAGUCCUCCUGCUCCUCCACGUCUCCUCCUAAAGACAGGUUUGACUCCGGCCUGGUGCUGAACGAGGUGGUGGUGAGGACUCCGUCGCUGGAGGGCGGAGAGGGAGCGCUGAGGAGGAACGUGCUCCUGCUGGCCCCGGGCUCCGGCUCUGGCUCCGGCUCCAGUCUGAGCCUCCACCUGAGUCCCAGUGCCAGUCCUGGUCUCUGUCCCAGCCCCAGCCUGCCCCGCUGCUCCCUGUCCCGGCCAGGGUCCACCUCAAGGUCGACGUCUGGAAUAUCUGGCCUGCUGCCUGGAGAAUCUUCCUCCUCCUCCUCCUCCUCUUCUGCUCCCUCCAUCCUUCAGGACGGGGUUUGCCCCUCCCCACGUCCCUCCCCGCCCCCGCUCCCCCAGGGAGAGGAAGAGGUCCCGCCUCCUCCAGAGGUCCCGCCUCCUCGUGACUCAGGGAUCUACGAUUCGUCGGUCCCUUCCUCGGAGCUUUCCAUUCCCCUGAUGGACGGGCUGUCACAUGACCAGGCUGACUCCUCCUCCCUCGCCGACAGCGAAUCAUCUUCCUCCGGGCUGGGUGACGAGGAGCCGCCUGCUGUCGCCUCUCUGCACUGCAGCGUGGCCACCGUGUGCAAGGCCGGGCUGCACCACCAUCGCCACCUAGAGCACGGCGAUGGACUUAAACCUGUGGCAUCGUUGUAGUGCACAUCUCCGCCCGGCCAAUCAAAAGUACUAGACAAGUGAUGUCAUCGAAAGGGGCGGAAAUGUAUCACUUUUAGACCAGAAUCCUUUUGCGGAACCGGAAUCGAUUACAAGGCACUGCAGCACUGGUUGUCUAUGGCAACUGCCUUCUAGAACACUGGCCUCCAGUAGCUAUGGCAACUGUUGCGUUCUAGAACACUGGCCUCCAGUAGCUAUGGCAACCGUUGAGUUCUAGAACACUGGCCCUGGGUAACUACAAUAACCGCUACAUUGCAGAGGACGAUGGGAACCACUUGGCCUAGAGCUCUGGUUCCUUGUUACUGUGGUAACCACUGUGCUCUACUGGGCAGUCGUUUCUACGGUAACCACUGUUCUGGUCUUGUAUUGUCCCACUGAGAUUCCUGUUUUUUCAUUGGCCGACCCAGCGUGACCCUUUGGUUCUCCCCGAUUGGAGGAAAAAGUUAAAGGAGAUGCAUCACUCGUCGGAACUUCCUGGAAAUCCAAACGCCGGCGGAGCAAACCGGUUUAGACCAAAGACUGAUCCAGCGCCGUGUCGUGAUUGGUUGAUAGAUCGCUGAAUCGUGUACGAUUAUUGGCAGGUUGGGUUUAGGCAGUGCUUCCUUCCUUCCUUCCUUCCUUCCUUCCUUCCUUUUUCCUUCCUCGUGGUAGCAGCUGUUGGGCUUUGUGUUUGUGUUCCUGUUGAGUUAAUUUAUUCCUGACGGAUGGUGACGUGCGGUACUGGAACACAACGCUGAAACACACUGUGGGAUCUGAAACAACGAAUCUCAGCAACAGGCAACAUAGAGAGACAGAUUUACAAAAUAUAAAUAUGCAAAUGCUUUCCUGUGACACUGCCCACCGAGUUUCCCGCCAGUGGAAACAGGUAGUAUUGUCAGCAUUUUGGAACGCAGCCUUAAAUUCAUCAUCGACUGUUCACUGAAGCAUCUCAUUUAGUCAACGAAGCACUGAUGUCUCCUACUGUCCUUUUAAAAAGUACCAUCAUUUGGUUUCUUGUCGUUCGCUGGUACAUUUCUCAUCUUCAAACCAAACUUUUCAGAACUUGCCAAUGAAGUCCUGAAGAAAAUAUUGCCUGUGCCCAUCGCCUGAGAGCAACUCCAGCAUCUAUAGAGGGAUGGGAGAGGAGCAAAACCACCAAAAAAAUAAUUCUCUGUGAUUGCUAAAGCAUUAAACAUGCACAGGAGACAGAUCAGAGAUGAUUUGGUGCCAAAUCUUCAUCAGCCCAAGGGCCAAAUGAACAAAAAGUUGGAAGUUCCUUUAACCCCCAAAACACUUGGGAGUUGAUGAGAAGAUCCAGACUGUCUGUAGGUGGGAGGUUCUGUGUUAUUAAGAUGGAAUUUUCAGCCAAGACUGAGCCUUGUCAUAAGGUUUUAAGUAUUUUAGAAAUCAUACACACAUGAUAUAACAGUGAUAGAAGUAAGAUUUUAUCAACAUUCAUAUGAUUUUUCACACUGAUGUUUCUGGCCAUGGAGGGAAACCGUACCAGUGCACUAACCAGUGGCCAGUAGUCUUGUUUUUUGUUUUGGUCUAGUGCCGGUUUCCCUCUGGCAGAAGAUGAAAUGGAGAUUUAUUAGGACUGAAGCGAGACGGUGCAUAACAUAUUUUAAUAACAACAUCACUCUUACCUUUAACGUUAAUGUGUUAUUAACAUAUGCAGCAUGAACGAGGAGCAUGUGUGUGUGUUUGAGAGAUGUGGUGAAAAUGAGGAGUCACUGCAGCAACAGACAGUGUAACCGUGUAAUGAAGUAACUUUUCAAAAUGUGCCAGAAUUAUUCACAAAAUGUAAUAAAAGGAUUAAAACUUAUAAUUUAUUAUGAAUUUAUCAGUGGAUAAUCUGUUAUCUUCACACUUAAAUUAUUUUUAAUGUUAACAAUUCGUUAGUACAUUAAUUGGCCGCUAUAAGAGCACUAUAAAGAGCAUGAAUUGAUCGCAUAAUCAUGUUUUAUUAUAUUUUGAACCCAUUUAGAAGGACAUCGUCUUACAUUUUGACCAGUUAUGAAAAUGAUUACUACAUUAUCUGUUGCUCCAGUCAUUUUUACAACCGUGUGGUUCUCCAUAAUCUCUGUCUCAUGACUGGAUUGGAUUCCUGUGGGUUAUGAUAAUGUAUUUAAAAUGUCUAUAAAGUAGUUUUAUCAUUCUGACUUCAAGGAUUCAGCCGCUGUGGAUGGGAGAGCGCUGACCUCUGACCUCUGGCUCAGAGGCAGGUUUGGCUUCAUUGAAGGGAAGGUCCAGCAUUUUCUUGUAAAUAUGCUUUUAUAUUUUUUUGUUAUUAUUAUUAUUUUUUUAAUAUUCUUGGAAACGUCCCUUCUGUUGCAGUUCUGUAUAGUUAGAUUUUUAUUUUCCUGUAUUAUUUUUUUCUACAUUUUGUAUAAUUUUUGUACUGUUUUAUAGUACUGUACUGUAGGAAAUAAAUAAUCCACCCAGUAAAACUUUUUUU